CUGCGUUUAUUUUAUCGAAGAUUCCUUGUUCGGUAUUUGUCACCUUUGAAUGUGUUGGCAUUGACUUGUGACAAUGAAUGAUCCAAAAAUUGUCGUCAUAAAAAGGAAUGGAACAGAUGGGCCCCAAUUUCCUUUGCGAACUAACGAAUGUUUAUUCGGAAGGUGAGAGAAACUUGUUCGAAGAAAAGCUAAUUAUUUUGAAUUGAUGAAGAGUAUCAUCGCUGUUCUUUAGAACAGGCACCCUGAUUUAAUAUUUUGCCCCACACUUUUGUGUUGUUUAACGUACAGUAUUAAGAUUUGACGUUCAUUUCCUUUUUGCUGCACAGGAAACCCGAGUGUGAUAUUAGAAUUCAACUACCAAACGUGUCGUUUGAACACGCUCUAGUAAAGAUUGACAACGACAGAAAGGUAAGCUUCAACAUAUGUUUUACAUCGAGCCAUAACAAUCCAUGUAGUAGUUGGUACUCAAAAUUUUGCUCAGCGAAUGCCGGCAGAGUAAAGAAGCAAUUAACGAUGCAUGUACGGUACAUUUUACAAUAGUAGCCUUCAAACUACAGUACGCAAUGUUAUAUUGAGCUUAUGUAUGGGUUCUUUCAUCCACCGAAGUCACACAUCGCAUUGUGCCUAUUUUUACACUACAAUUUUUUAUUCUUCCUUUUAGAUUAAAUUAAUCAAUCUCAGUUCCAGUAACCAAACUCUUGUCAACGGAAAAUCCAUCACUGAAGCUGAGAUUAAGCAUCUUGAUGUGUUAACCAUUAGCGAUCGGUCCUUCAGAUUUGAGUUUCCCUCGCCAGUCCAAGAGAGAGAGAAGUCUCCUAAGGUAAGCUGGGAAAGCUUAUUUAAUUACAUUAUCUUGUUAGUUGCGGAUUGAUUGCGAGAAUAAAUUUUUUGCAUACAUGUAAACCGAUAUUUAUUUGUACGGUCAAACUUGUGUUAAGCGUUCACCCUUGGCCUUGGGGGUCAGAAUGUCCAACUAACCGCUUAAUAAAGGUUUGACAAACCUAAAAUUUAAUCGAGAAAAUGAAGAUGGUGACAAAACGAAAUACCAAACACGCAACACAUUGACCUCAAAGAGUUUCAACCUCUUCUUGUGCUUAAAGAAAUCAUAAAGAACCACUAAACGCCAUUUUUUAUAGCACUAGUGUGAUAUAUCAUAAGGUGUUGCUUUUUUAUUUUAAGUGAUAAAUAGUCAGGGAAUUUUCUUAGAGACUUUCCAAGAGGUAAUUACGAUUAGAUUUCUCUCUGUUAUAUGUUUGUGUUGCUCGUAAUUUUGUAAAAGGACAUCAAACCAAGCGUCAGGAUAAUUUGCUCUCUCUUUACCUCCACAUUUGGAAUAUCUUGUAUUGCCCUGUGAGUUGCCUAAUCUUGACUUUCACGUUUCUCUUAACAUACCCCAAAUGCUUGCGCUGGUAGUUUUUCAACUUAGACCAGCAAUUUUUUCCAAAGUGAAGUACACAGCUAUUACAGUUACUGCUACUACCUGCCUAAUUAUUUUAAAAUGUAUCAGGUCAAAAAUUCCUUAGAAGUGAGGCUCAAAAGAAGUGCCCUUGGGUAGUCCGGGCCCAGGACAAGUAGAUUUUCUUACCAAGUCGAUAGUUUUUAAAGCUUACUUGCCCAAUAAACAAGAAUCCAGACAAGUCAUUCUCUAACAAUAUCAUUAACUGAGACAAGCAAGAAGUGGCCCAAGUUUUUUUUAGAACAAAAUUUUAGAACAGAUUCACUAAUAUAUAAUCAUGUACCCAGAACUCAUGUUGAUGAAGCCAAAGCGAAAGGCGAGAUCUGGUCAAAUUCGAUUUGUACACAUGAUCACCUGCCAGGAAUGUGGCAGGUGAAUUCCUGGCAGGUGAUUGAAGAGGGCAUGCUCAAAAUAAACCCCAAAAUCACAGUCAUUUUUCAAUGUGAACAAAACGUGGUUAUGCGCACAUCUUAAGUAUGAACUAACUAAUUUGUUGUUCUUUGUAACAUCAAAUUUAAUGCAACACUUGAAUAAAAUUAAACAUCAUAGCGUGCAGUAAAAGCUCAAAGCAGGUAGGCAUCAACUCUACAAGAAAAUUUUUUUACUCUUUUCAGUUUCUGUUGAUAACGCACAGUAGACAACACUCAUGUCAUUCACUCACAAUUUAGCCAAUAAAAAAAAUUGAAAUUUCUUACUUGACCAGAUCUUGUCAUCGGCUUCAUCAACAAGAGAUCUGGGUACAAGAUUACACUGAAUAUUUAAUUCAUAAUUUUUUUCAAUAUCACAGUCCUUGAAGUAGCAUGCAAGUUAGUUCUAGAUUCAGAAUUCCCUUUAUCAUGCUCGGUGUACUUUUAUGUAUUGUUGGUUUUCACAUGACGUCACUAAAAUUCAAACUAAAAAACUAUCGAUCCUUCCGAGAUUUUACUUUCACGAUUCAUUAGAGCAGCUGAAAACUAAUUUUCAUACAAAUUUUCGCUUCAAGAGGGUUCUUGGUUUUGUGACAGAGCACGCUUGAAUUUCUAAGCUUUUGCAUGAUGUUGCAUUUACAUUACGGCCAAGAGAGCUGUCAUGUAGGUUAAAAAAAUGACUUAUUUCAGGAAAUUUUGCUAUCUAAACAGUUCAUGUAUUAGAAAAAGUAUUACUUUAAUGUUUACAAGUUUCUUGAAGCAAAACUCGAUAACAGAUGUUUCUGUUGGUUUCCCUCUGCCAUGUUGGAGCUCAUCCAGGUGAGCACCAGCAUGGGGUCUCCAUACAAAUCUCUAUAAGUUUGGGUAAAACAUUUCUUCAGAUAUCUCGUUUACAAAAUAUUCCUCUGACCUGAAUCUUGGUGAGGGUCUUUGUAUUAUGUACCUCCUUUCAUUUCCCAGAUUCUGGACUUUAUCUAUUAAAUGGUUUUGAUUUUUAUUUUGGUCUAUUUUGAAUGGUGUGACACUUGAAACCAGCAUUAUUACACAUCACAAGGGUUUUUCCAUGUAUGAAGUUAUUUGAUCAUUAUCAAAAUGUGCUGGCAACUGGUGAUAUUGGUGUUAAGUUUAUCAAGAUAUCGUUUUGCCAGCUGCAAUUUGCCGGAAAAAAAAGAAAGAAACAUAGAAGUACAGGUGUAAAGCCAUCAUAGCUGUUCCAGCUUUCACCUUUCACUUGAAUUUUUUUUGACAACCCUAUCUUUUACUCAUCAAAAGUAUUUUUGAGAUAGAUUUUCUAGGUUGCAUUCAAAUUUAAGAUGUAUUUGAUUUCAACUUAUCGACAGUUGCUAAUACCACUUAACAAAGCAUAACUAGAAAGGUCUUACUGGUCACCUUCCUGAAUUGUAAAUUCUUCCCAACCAAUUAUAAUAGUUUCAUAAAUGGCACAUAACUUCAUCACCUGGCCUGCCUCCAAGAUUAAUGCCUCGUUAAUGCAAUAACAAUCUAAGGUCCAGGUGUUUACAUGAGAAAACUCACACAGGCAAGAGUUUCAUACUGGGGUGACUUCUUGAUUUCAUAUCAAAAUUAAGUUUACAUGUACCCAGCAGUAUGUUUUUAUCGUGCCAUACCCAACACAAGAACACUAUCCUGAAUUGAUGAGACUACCCAUUUGUCACCUAUUCCAGUUACAAGUGUUUUAAAAAGUUAAAAUUCCUACAGGAAAAAAUGUGCAUGGUUUCGGCAGUUGUAUCUGUUCCCGUACGGAACAUGCAGAUCUGCAGACUGGUCUUUUUUUCGUCUGCUCAACCGUCUUCAGCAGGCCUGCAGAUCACUUGCCUGAAAUGUCUGCAGUUAGUAUGCAGUUGGUCUGUAUUAAGUGUGCAGUUCGAUUUUAUUUAGUCACGGAAAGGUGAACACAAAAAGUGGAUCGGUUCUAAAAGUAUCCCUUUACUGUCAGUGAGCUGCAAGUGAAAAGGUGAAUGACAGACCUUUAGGUCUGCAGAUUGACUGCAGCAAAGUGAAUGGAGUAUUAGAUGUCAGCUAAAAAUAUACGAAGAAAACAACACGCUGCAAGCCAAAAGGUGACCUAAAGGUGACCUUUAUUUAAGAAUGGAAAGAGGCAUCGAGAGAGCUAACUUAAAAUUAUCUUUUUUAAAAAUAAAGAGAAUAACAGCGAUUGCUCUUAUACAUAAAGUUUACACGGACAGCAGGCAAAUGAUAUUUUGAUUCGUUGCAACGGGCUAAGCUGGACAUUGCCCACCUUGACGUUUUGUCCAUGAUCCACGAUCUUCUACACUUUUUUCAUGAAAGAAAUCAACCCAAUUUUACUUUGGUCGUCGUUAAAUUUUACAAAGGACUAAGGACUGAACAUUACCACGAGCGUAUAAGAAUCUUGUAAGUGCGAAUUACCCCAUCUGAGAUUCUUGUAUCUGUGUUGCUUGCGCUGGUUCGAUUCGUCGAUACUUAGCGUAGAAGUCACUGUUAAGUGCGUUGUUUGCAAAUACGUUUGAGCUGUUCCAUCCAAAAACUUCAACAGAACUUCCAUCUCGAAACAGAACUAGAUGCAAAAACACUUAGAAUGUUUGCGCCUUUCAUUCAACGGUCGCAAAUGUUUGGGAUCCCGUGUUUGUCUAGAGAUGUAAUGGGAUCUCAUGUAAAAGGACCGACCAAUUAGAUCACGGCCUAGAAUGUCUCCAGGGAAUUAGCGAUAACAUUCUCACACUUGCCAGUCACGGAAUAAAAUUUAUUGAAAGCAUAGAAUUUGAAGGUUUAUUCAAUAAGGGAUCUUCCUUGAGCACAAGCUUACUCACAUUUCUUAGAGGUACAGUCAACGUUUUCGCGUUAUAUUAAAAGCCGCAAUCUGUGCCAAGGCUUUAUCUGGCGAUUCAUGUUAUUGGCGCUCAAGAAAGUCAGAUCGACCGCAGCUGAAUUGUAGCGACGUUACUGCAGCUACUUCGCAGCGUUUGAAAGUCGGCAACUGCGCUGCAAAACCGCUGCCGAGAGCUUCAAAGAACCUUCAAAGGCUGCACAGCACUUUUGCAGCCCGCUGCAACUUGAAUGAAGCUGCUGUUUGGCUUCUAAAAGGCUGCUGAACAGCUGUAAUUUAGCUGUACAGCUAUUUUGAAGCGAUUUUGUGGCGCUGUACAGCGCCGCAAGUUUCGUGCGGGUGGUUGUCUGCAAAGGGUCUGCUGCAGAUCAAGUGCAGACAUAAUAAUAGAUCCUUAUUGCAUAAUCACCAAAAGUCACGAAAGGUCUGCAACAGACUUGCUGCAAACAAGAUAAAAGGCAACUCACAGUCAAAGAAGAAGUCAUUUUCAUGAGAUGUCUGUCACAGACAGUAUGCAGACUUGCAGACUUCAGUUUGGCGUCAAAUUGGUCUGCUGUAUGACUGAACAGACCUGUGACAGACCUGAGAAAGGCCUUCGGCAGAUCUGCAAGUUACGUACGGGUUAGUAUGUUACCAAAUGAAGUUAAGAGAGCUUUUAUAAUGGAAAUUAAAUUGAGAAUUUUGCCUUAAGGGAAAGUUCAUUUAAUAUGACAAGGGGGGGGGAUGAAGAUAUUGAGGGGGGGCUCCGAAAAGUUUUGGACACCCGAAGGGGGAGCUCUGAAAAAUUGUUGCGCUAGGAGGGGGGCUCCGAAAAUUUGUAUACUUCAAAACCAACACACGACAUCAUCAUACAGAUCGGAUGGUUUUCAACUCAACAAUUUAAUGACCUGUGCAACUCAGCUAUAUCACGUGGUUUACAGAUAUAACAAAUGUAGUCUCAGUAAUUAUUACACUCUUGUUCAUCCCAAAAAUGCUUUAGAAAAUUGUAUCACAACGGUAUCUCAAGUUUGUCAUAGUAUAAACCAUUGAAGACAAUAACGGUAAAUUAUAUUUAAUACAGUCUAGCGAUCUUUUUUCAGGGGAGCAAAGGAAUUGAAGGAGGAGGGGGGGGCUCUGAAAUUUUUUCGACUACCAAGGAGGGGGCUCCUAAAAAUUGAACCGCUGGCGAGGGGGGGCUGCUAAAAUUUCAAGCUUCGAGUUUCAAUAUCUUAAUCCCCCUUGUCAUAUUAAAUGAACUUUCCCUAAUGGACCUGUAUUAUGAUGUUUUGUUAUUACUUCAAAAAGCCAAAAAAUUACUUUAGAAUCAACAAAAAUCUAAAAAGAAAGGCUCAAAGCAGUCAUAUUUAUUUAUAUUUUUGCCAAAUUUUUAGGCGCUCACGGUGAGCUUGUUGAGCUUUUGCAUGAUGUUGCAUUUACAUUACGGCCAAGAGAGCUGUCAUGUAGGUUAAAAAAAUGACUUAUUUCAGGAAAUUUUGCUAUCUAAACAGUUCAUGUAUUAGAAAAAGUAUUACUUUAAUGUUUACAAGUUUCUUGAAGCAAAACUCGAUAACAGAUGUUUCUGUUGGUUUCCCUCUGCCAUGUUGGAGCUCAUCCAGGUGAGCACCAGCAUGGGGUCUCCAUACAAAUCUCUAUAAGUUUGGGUAAAACAUUUCUUCAGAUAUCUCGUUUACAAAAUAUUCCUCUGACCUGAAUCUUGGUGAGGGUCUUUGUAUUAUGUACCUCCUUUCAUUUCCCAGAUUCUGGACUUUAUCUAUUAAAUGGUUUUGAUUUUUAUUUUGGUCUAUUUCGAAUGGUGUGACACUUGAAACCAGCAUUAUUACACAUCACAAGGGUUUUUCCAUGUAUGAAGUUAUUUGAUCAUUAUCAAAAUGUGCUGGCAACUGGUGAUAUUGGUGUUAAGUUUAUCAAGAUAUAGUUUUGCCAGCUGCAAUUUGCCGGAAAAAAAAAGAAAGAAACAUAGAAGUACAGGUGUAAAGCCAUCAUAGCUGUUCCAGCUUUCACCUUUCACUUGAAUCUUUUUUGACAACCCUAUCUUUUACUCAUCAAAAGUAUUUUUGAGAUAGAUUUUCUAGGCUGCAUUCAAAUUUAAGAUGUAUUUGAUUUCAACUUAUCGACAGUUGCUAAUACCACUUAACAAAGCAUAACUAGAAAGGUCUUACUGGUCACCUUCCUGAAUUGUAAAUUCUUCCCAACCAAUUAUAAUAGUUUCAUAAAUGGCACAUAACUUCAUCACCUGGCCUGCCUCCAAGAUUAAUGCCUCGUUAAUGCAAUAACAAUCUAAGGUGGUGUUUACAUGAGAAAACUCACACAGGCAAGAGUUUCAUACUGGGGUGACUUCUUGAUUUCAUAUCAAAAUUAAGUUUACAUGUACCCAGCAGUAUGUUUUUAUCGUGCCAUACCCAACACAAGAACACUAUCCUGAAUCGAUGAGACUACCCAUUUGUCACCUAUUCCAGUUACAAGUGUUUUAAAAAGUUUCCUACAGGAAAAAAUGUGCAUGGUUUCGGCAGUUGUAUCUGUUAGUAUGUUACCAAAUGAAGUUAAGAGAGCUUUUAUAAAGGAAAUUAAAUUGAGAAUUUUGCCUUAAGGGAAAGUUCAUUUAAUAUGACAAGCGGGGGGAUGAAGAUAUUGAGGGGGGGCUCCGAAAAUUUGUAUACUUCAAAACCAACACAUGACAUCAUCAUACAGAUCGGAUGGUUUUCAACUCAACAAUUUAAUUACCUUUGCAACUCAGCUAUAUCACGUGGUUUACAGAUAUAACAAAUGUAGUCUCAGUAAUUAUUACACUCUUGUUCAUCCCAAAAAUGCUUUAGAAAAUUGUAUCACAACGGUAUCUCAAGUUUGUCAUAGUAUAAACCAUUGAAGACAAUAACGGUAAAUAUAUUUAAUACAGUCUAGCGAUCUUUUUUCAGGGGAGCAAAGGAAUUGAAGGAGGAGGGGGGGGGGCUCUGAAAUUUUUUCGACUACCAAGGAGGGGGCUCCUAAAAAAUUGAACCGCUGGCGAGGGGGGCUGCUAAAAUUUCAAGCUUCGAGUUUCAAGAUCUUCAUCCCCCCCCCCCUUGUCAUAUUAAAUGAACUUUCCCUAAUGGACCUGUAUUAUGAUGUUUUGUUAUUACUUCAAAAAGCCAAAAAAUUACUUUAGAAUCAACAAAAAUCUAAAAAGAAAGGCUCAAAGCAGUCAUAUUUAUUUAUAUUUUUGCCAAAUUUUUAGGCGCUCACGGUGAGCUUGUUGAUUGUAACCGAAAAGUAGCUAAACAUUAAAAAAAUCUGUGUUCCAACAAAAAAAAAUGCAAAUGAGAGCUACAGCUAUCAAAGUAACACUUGCAGUUUAGUUACAGAACAUCGGCAAACACUUACUGCAGCAGAAAACCUUUAAUUAAAACUGAAUUUUGAUACCCAGCAAAAGGUGAAGAAAAGCAUUUAUCUUCAAGUCAAAAUAAAGAAUCCCGUGCAAUAUUUACAUUUAAAGCAAUUUUAAAGUUAUAUCAGAUGCAAGCAGAUUCAGAUUAAUUUUAUUUGUGAAUAAUAAUUUUGUUUAAAUGUAUUUAAUUCACACAGAACAAACAAGGCCCUUUUUUUGCAAUCUUGUACCAGUACCAAAUUUAGGUAAAUUCAUUGUGUGAGUUUCUAACAAAACUUAGUAACUUAAUAAAAGCCAAGUGAAGUUCAGUCUAUAUAUACUGACCAUUCAAUCUACAUUCUUUUUUAAUGUUCCAACAAAGCAUAUAUUGUUUGCUAAAUGAAAACAAACAAACAAAUGCUUGCAUUUCCUCACAAAGAAUAUAUUUGUACAUAAUGAAUUCAAAAUUGAUAAUCUGCAUAUGAAACCAUUCAUAUGCAUUGUCAAAAGCAAAAAUUGAUGUCAAAACUUUAGUCCCUCCUACUGUACGUACUAGCACUGUUAAUUGAAGUGAAAAACAAAGUCCGAUUUGAAUCUUAUCUUGAUUUAAUAAAGAACGUUAAGACAAGAGUGGCAGUAACAAAAUGCGAAUUUCUUGCCACUUGCUAUCCUAUUGAAUCUGGGCGCUACAAGAAAAUACCCAGAGUUGAGAGGCUUUGCCCCCUUUGUAAUAGGUAUAUAUCAUGUCCAUGUGCGAUCCAAAUAUCUUAAAUCUGAGUGCCUCUUAUAUUGAAAAUAUUCUAAAUUGUUAUGCAUCCGAACUCUAAUUACCUGCAUUAUGAGCAGCGUAGAAGCCGUACAUAGCCAAGUAAUUUUUUUCUGUUAUGGUAAUAUUCAAUUGUUCAUUUCUUUCUCACUUAACUUUUAUUUUACUUUUUUGAUUUGUUAUUGUUUUGGCAAUAAAGUUGUUAAAAUUUUGGCAGCUGUCAUUUGAAAGCUUUUUACCAUUAGGAACAGUAUUGGUCAGGGAAAAUCCUUGAAAUGUCCUUGACUCCUAACCCUUAAUUAAUCCCUACAGUUGCUCCCUGAGUUACUGUUAGAGAAAAUUCAAAACUUAUUAAGAGGAAUAGCAAUUUUUUUUAGGGGAGAACGUUUUUUUCCUGAUCUUUUAUUUUAAUACGUUCCAGAUGAGGGUGGAGGGUUUGGAGGGGGCAAUAUUUUUGAAAAGGCUUUAUUUGAAGCGUCACUCUUGGAAAAUCAAUAAAAUGUAGUAGGGGGUCGAAAAUUUAUGACACAGGAUUGGCAUUCUAUGUGAAAGUUGUUAACCCAAGCACAUCCAUAGUAGACAAAAAGAUCGUGUUUCCGGUUCGUUGACCUCAUGCUGUACAUUUCUUAUGUGUUCCUCUGUAAAACAGCCUCCAGAUAUUAGAAAAUUUCAUUGUUAUCAAGACCCUGGAGUUAAGGUCUACAUGUAUAGUACUUUCCCUUCAUUACCUUUCUUAAACUUCACACCGCCAUUUGCCAGAUGUGGUUGUCCCCUUAUCCAUAUUGAAUAGUAUUAAAUCCUAUGUCAUCAAGCUUGCCCCAGGACCUCGUCAACUAUUUCUACCUUACCGAACUAUUUGUUUCCCAUAGUAUCCUCCCUUCCUUCCAAGGCGGAAAAAACACCUUAACAGCUUGGUCUGGGUGAGAUCGGGGAGGGAGUGAAUUUUAAAAAUUACUAUUGCCAGGGAGGAGGGGGUUACAAUUUUCAUGCAGUCGAACCUCUAUCACCAAUCCAAACAUCAAAAUUUUCCUCCCAGUCAAAUCACUACAGUAGGAAUCUCUCAUUUUUAAAAUUUUCCAUUGUUUUUACCCUCUUGUAAGCGACCUUUUUAUAUUGGCUGAAUGCACAUGUACUGCACUACUCAUAGUAUCCACGGAACGGUUUAGUGUGCAACUUAAAAAUUGCAUGCAAUGAAUCUCUUCCAAAAUGUAGACGUGUUCAAACCUUUUCUGUAAACGAAUAGGUAAGGCCAUCCCCAUAAAAUGUUUCGUUUCCCAUCGCCCUUCCUCUCGUGAAGGUGGGUCGGUCGGUCGGGCAAAAAAAAAAAGAGAAUGAACACAUGAUUGCAUAUUAAAUCUCACGUUUAGUCUGCAAGAUAUAAUCAGAUGGUAAAAGAUGUAUAUUAACAGGACUAUCAAAUCUGUAAAAAGGCUACAAAAUGAUAAUUUAGACAAUUGGUGUUAAUAAGACAAGAUCGUGUGCUUGUAAAUUAGAGUACUUGCUUCUUUACAAGUGAUUCUGGAAUUUUUUUUUUUUUUACUUAAAAAAUGGGUCGUUCGGGCGAUGGGAAAUUAAACAUUUUAUGGGGAUGGCCUAACGAGGCGCACAGCGCCGAGUCGUGCUGUCCAACUCUUUAUCUAGUAGUUGCUGUAGUUGAAACCAACUAAUGGUUCUUGUUACUAUAAUUAUAAUGUUCAUUCCUUUUUUAGGCACUGUAGUUUUUUUUUCUGGGGCUACAUGAUUUUUAAGCUUAUCUGCUUCAUCCUUAGAAAUAUCCCAUAAACCAUUUGUGGAAGAAGUUCCCAUUUUUGGUUGUUAAGACGCUGGGGAGGAUUGCGUGACGCCCCAAAAGAACGAUAGUGAGGGCGUUUAUAGCCAAUCAGAUUGAGAAUUCUUGAUAGCAUGCAAAAUUGGUAUUCUUCACUCACGGGAGUUGUUCGUUAGCCGAGGUUCUAAUAUUGAUGAUCAAACCACCUUUGUAUCUCUGUUGCAGAUUCAUUACAACUUAUCAAACACACCCACAGAGCAAAAAACACCAAAAAUGCCUACACCUGGAGGUAGCCCUAGGACUCCGCCUGCAAAGGAAAGCUUAAAAGAAAACAUACAUAUUCUUCGCAGGCAUUCUAUGCCAUUACAAGAGGAAGAUGAGGAUUUAGCAUCACGUGUUCCUCAAAAAACUCCCUUUUCCAUGGUAGAUGUAAAUACAGAACCAAGCAAGGAAGAUGCUGCUGAUAUUCAACAUGUUAUUAAAACAAAGUCCAGCAAGGAGCAAAAGAGGCGUUCUAAGAGGGUCUCGUUUGGACCAGUUCUUAGUCCAGAGCAGUUUGACAAAGACCUGCCCCCUGCUACUCCACUGAGACGUGGAGCAACUCCAGGGAGAGCUUCUUUAUCUGAUGAUAAUUCUCUUGUGCCCUUACCUUUCUCGGCAAAAAAAAGAAGAUCAGUUGCUGCUUUGCCACAAUCAGAAUCCAUCCAAGAAGAAUGUGAUGGCGGAGAACCCUUGGAUAAUGAAUCGCCUAAGACACGGAAACAGCAGCAGAAAAUCAAAAGGGAUGUUUACACUCCUGAUGAAAAUACAGAAUUAUCUAAGAAUCUGGGUGAACAAGUUGUUGAAAGUCCUCAAAGCCUUGGACAUGGACAGGAGUAUGCUUCACCUAAAGAAUCCGAACUUAGUGAAAUUAAGGAAGGUAACAAUCCCAUUCGUAGACGAUCAUCACUCAGACUAGCGGCAAAAAAUACUAGUUUUACCGAGCUUUCUUCUAGCCCUAAUGUGCCGUCUUCAGUAGCAAGUCCAGUCCAGAGUAUGAAAGAAAAAAUAGAAGAGGUCAUGCUUGAUAGUGACAACUAUACUUCUGAUGAAGAGCAGGAUGAAUUCGAGAAAACAGACCACCAAAUGGUAGAGACAAUAGAUGCCGAAUUGCAAGAACUAAAGAAUAAAAUGGCUACGCCUUUGCGAGCAGAGAUUAAACGUGGACUGAAACUACGACAGACGAAGAAAAAGAUGGCCACACCGUUACGAAUGGAGAUUAUUAGUGGAUUUCAGCUUCGUCAGACCAAAAAGAAACUUGCUACGCCUUUGCGAAGGGAGAUCAAAAGUGGAGUGCAGCUGCGAAAGACAAAAAAGAAAAUGGCCACACCCUUACGAAAGGAGAUCAUCAGUGGAAUUCAGCUUCGACAAACCAAAAGAAAGAUGGCAACGCCUGUGCAAAAGGAGAUUAAAAGUGGAGUGCAGCUUCGACAGACCAAAAAGAAAAUAGCUACACCUUUGAAACAAGAGAUUAAAGGUGGAGUUAAGUUGCGAGAGACAAAGAAGAAGAUGGCCACACCGUUACGAAAGGAAAUUUUAACAGGGGUGAAGCUAAGACAAACCAAGAACAAGAUGCCCACACCUUUAAGGAAAGAGAUAACAAGUGGUGUCCAGCUUCGGCAGUCCAAAAAGAAGAUGACUACCCCUUUGAGAGAAGAGAUUGCAAAUGGAGUACAGCUCCGGCAAACCAAAAAGAAGAUGGACACGUCAUUGCAAGAGGAGAUUAUAAGGGGAGUCGAGCUCCGUCAGACCAUGAAGAAGAUCGCCACACCUUUAAAAAUGGAAAUUGAGGAGGGGAUCAGUCUUCGUCAGACCAGGAACAAGUUACCCACACCAGUUAGAAACGAGAUUGCGUCGAGACCUAAUCUGCGUCUGACCAAGAAAACCAUGAAUUCUCGACUCCAAGAUGAAAUCAAGAGAGGUUCAAAGCUCCGAAAAACAAAGCAAACCAUGAACUUGGAACUGCAAAUUGAGAUUAUCAAAGGAAAGAAAUUAAAGUCCACAAAGAAGAGUUUACCAACCCCAGUUAGGAAGCAAGUUGAAGAGGGAAUAGUACUGAAGCAUGUUAAAACGUCUUCAAAGAGAAAGAGAAGUGAAGACGGAAGUCAGAGAAAGAAGCUCAAAUUAUCACCUAUCAAUGGGAGUGCCGACAGUAACGAAGGGCAAAAUACUAGGCAAAUACGACCAGCCUUAAAGACGCCUCUAAGGAAAGAAAUUGUUGCGGGCAAAAAGCUACGUCCAACUCGACAACGUAUGGCCACCCCACUUCGCAAACAGAUCCAUGCUAAACCCACUCUGAGAGCCAUUCGUCGAAAGUCUAUAGCUGCCACGGUUCUGACCAAGACUGUACCACGGAAACCUACAUAUGCAGAGAUUGUGAAAAGACGGCUUAAGAAGCGAACUGGCCCGCGACAGGAAAUAACCAAGGUAAAUUACCUACAUACUGCAGGUUAAUGUCUUUAUUUGCAAACAAUUUCUACACUUUUGGCUUUUGCGUGUAACGUUGUAAGACGUUUUUUGGUCAAAAUAUGCCGGAUUAUCUUGCAACUUUUUCUCCUACUUCAAAUUAGAUUUAGAAAGGAGCAACAGGAUAGCGCCCUCAUGUUCUGUAGUCGGUGUAGGAUUUAAUGAUUGCGACCGGUAGGAUGCUUUCUCAUUUGAGUUCAAGUUAAGCCCGUAUUUUUUUCAUGCUUUCUUUUCCCAACUGCUUAAGUUGGGUACAUUGAACUGCGAUGAUCUUUUGCUGAAUAAAAAGAGAUGAUCUUUCCAAGUGUAUAAACUUAGUCUUGUAAUCUCUUUGAUUAUAUGAGACUGAUCAAUCAAGUUAAUAGCGUUUUCUUUGUUUAUGUAGAUGGAUUCUGCCCCACUCGCUACGACUUCUGGUGUUCUUACUAGACCAGGUAGGUAGUAAGCAGUUGGUAUUUCUAGAACUAAUUACAUCUUGUCCUUAGUUAAACCGUAGCCGGGUAACCUCUGUCGGUAAAGCGCUAGCCUGAAGAAUGCGAGUGCGCGUUCAAUUCCCAGAACUAGAUCAAUACUCAGGGUCUUAAAUUAAUUGAGAAUGAAGGUACUGCAGCCUUUCACCCUGCAAAAUCCACUCGCAAAAGUGGCUUUGCGUGUGUCUGAUGGCUGCCCCGUCUCCACAAGUUCAAAUCAUGUGUCGUCAGUCAGAUCCAUCUGAACGGAUAUAAAGCUCAAGGGGAUUUAAUUUCAUUCAUUCAGGGAUUUCAAUCACGCACCCAUGACCGACGAAACACGUCGGCUACUUUGCUCGAAGAAGUCGGCUCCUUUUUUCCCGAAAGAAGAAGCAACUAGUUUUAAUAACUUCGUAAACAAAUAAUAUAUCAUAGAGUCUGUUGGAAACAUCAUUAUGUGUUUUCACAAAGGCCUAUUAUGUGAACGCUGUAGUUCAGUCAAUAUUUCACACGUUUAUUUAUAGGUUUACACGGAAUUUGUUCACAUGCAAAUGUACCUUAUUUGAUUAUCGUCAUUUGUUCUUUGUUGGAAGGAGUUGAUUGUGUGGCUGAUAAAUCGAAACUGAAUGAACGCAAGAAAUCGCAUUUUGGGGCUUUUCAAUUUCAACAUUUUUUAUUCCCAGACCCUCCUAGAAGAGGGGGACUAGUGCGGGGGGUCCUUGUUGAUAUAGUCGGUUACUCUAUUCAAACCUGCUGCCUGCUUCAAUUUUAUUGAAACCCCUGUUCAUUGUGUUCUCCUUAGUGAACAUUGCUUCAAUUGGGUCUACCAUUUCUGCUUAAUAAAUGGUAGCCCCACAGAGACAUUUCGAGUGUAUUUAAACAAAAAUUAGGGGCGUAGCCAGCCAUUUUGCACAGGGGGGUUCCUAAUGUAGUAUUGCUGGCCCGAUUGACAACCGAGCGCCGGAAACGCUCUUUGUUAGGGAGCUCCCCCCACCCCCCGACAAGAAAUUUUGAAAUGUGAGUCAUCGGAAAUUCAAACCAAACCAAAGUGCUUUAAUUGCUGUGAAUUCAAGUCAGCUUUCGUACGUUUCGUAGUGACAAAAAUCAGGCCCUGGAACCCCCCCCUGGCUACGCCCCUGUUCUGCCCUGUACUUUCGAUUGGAACAUUUUUCAGUUGUUCAAGUCUAUGCCCUUCUAAAAAGAAAACUGUCAGUAACUUAAAAGUAAGCUAUAGUGUGUGGAAAGCUCUCGACUGCUUACCACAAAAGCGUGGUCUACCUGUACCAGACCGUAAAAUAUUUUGCUUAAUUUAAUUUUACGCAGAAGCCUCAAGGAACGCACAGAGUGGAGGUCAAUCGAAAGAAAGACGCAAUAGCACCAGUUUUAACGAGAAGAAAACGCCUCGACGGAAAAGCGCUAACUGGAUGUCAAGCCUUGGACUAGCCUUAAAGGAUGCUAAAACACACAGUGCUCCCAUGGAAGACUUUGAAGGUGUGGCAGAAAUGUUUGCUACACCACCGGCAUCUCUGGUAGCUGCUGAAAACCCCCCAAAGAAGCAAACGAAGGGAAAUUGGUUGUCAAGUCUAGCGAAGGUUACCAAUGGCCCACGUAGACGUGUGGGCAUAUCAACUGAAGAUCUGGCUGGAAUCGCUGAAAUGUUUGUUACGCCUCCAUCCGUUGGUAGAUUCACAGGGUCAUCUGUCGAGAAAGCUGCAACUCCUGGCGAACAAGGAUUACACUCGAUAGCAGCUGUCAAACCAGCCAAUACGCCAUCUUUACGAAGAUGUGAGGACACUCGAGAUGUUAAAGUGGCAACUCCUAAACAAAAUUCCAACGCUUCGCUUCCCUCAGUGAAUGCAGAUGGCACUUCCCCACAGACGAUGCUUCAUGUCAUUGAACCUUUGAAAUUGAGUAAAACGCCUUCCCUUCGCCACUCAGCCGAAGAGGUUGUCUCUCUCCAAUUCGUUACUCCAGUUCACCUGUCUCGUACUCCAUCUUUACGUUCCGCGAAGAAGCAGUCGUCUAUUGAGACCAAUGAAUCCCCCGCGCUUCAACUAGACUUUGUGUCGCCAUUAGAGUCAAAACAAACUCCGUCUUUUCGUCCGGCAGAUGAAGCUGAAACAGUCUUGUUAAAGAGCGUUGGAAAACAGAGAAAAGACCGGCAAAGUCUCGGUCUUCAAGGACUAAGGCGCUUACUGAAGUCUCCGAAACAGACCCACUCCGUCGAAAAUUCUGAGGAUCUCUUUGAAGCUAGCUUGUUCACAUCGCCCAAACCGCAACCCAAACGUUUCUCACGUAAGAGCGAAGGCUUACAAGGAGUUGCUCGAUUGCUUAGGACACCAGUUGAAAAUGGUGUAACUACUAUGGGAAGCCCUAAGUUGAACGGCCUAAAAGCACUAAUGCAAGAGACAAAAGACUUCGCCAGUCCGCAUUUUGUUGGUCUCAGGAACCUUAUGAGAACACCUAAAGCUACUGAAACUGUAGAUCUUGAGGACAAUUUCAACCCAGAACUGUUUGCCUCAGCAGAAGCAGACUCUUCGCCAGCUAAGACCGAUCCCAAGCCAGCAGGUCAGAAGACAAAAAACUCCAGACUCUCUAUACCAGUUUUAGACCUAACUUCGCCGGAGGCCCAAGAAAAAAUGGAUGAAAAAGAAGACAAUAUUGCAAGAAUAACAAGAGCCAAACGAACUGCACCUAAAGGUUUAACCGUACCGGAGCCUAAAAGAGUUCGCCGUACUCGGGCAUCAAUCCAGCAGGAAAAGGAAAGCGAGUCUGAGAAUAAUCCUAAAGCAGCUGAGAAGAAGACGAGUGCACGAGUUAAGAAGAAUCCAGCAGCUAACAAGCAGACCCCCAAACGAAAUGUUUUUAAGCGCACACCACUGGACCCUAUUUUUGAGGUUCCUUCCCCAGGGCUGCAAUCGUUCGACAACAUGCAACAGCCUGUUACCUUAACUCCUGUUACCCAAAUAGAGAAGAACGAUGCUCCACAAGAGAAGAGGCAAACGAGAAGAACAGCUGUUAAAGAGACAAAAACGGUAGGUUCUUCCUUACCGAGUUGUCGCCGUGGCAAGCGCGGUCGAAGCGAAGUUGAGUCUUCCUCGGAGGAGUCUAAUAGAGAAGACGCAGACGAGGGCCGUUCAGCUAAGAAAAGUAAGCGAGAUGAAGGACGUAAAGCCGGUAGUGUAGUAACACAUCAGAAAAAAGUUGAAGAAAAAUCGAAAGAAGACAGUGAAGUCGAAGGCAAGACAUUGUCAUCACCAGUUAAGCCUCGAGUUACCCGUAACCGAAGAGCCGAAGUUAUACCUCCAGAAAGAAAACAAACAAAUGUUGAAUUGACCAGACGGUCUAAACGUGGCCGGUCUAAAACAGUUGAAGAAAACGUUUCUGAUUUGAAGUCUGAAUCCACAGCAACUCAAAGGAGUGAAGAUAGUAGUUCUAGAAGACGUACGCGAAACAGUCAGGCCGAGAAUCUCACCAGUGAAGAGAAAGCUGGGCAAGAGAGUGUUGUCAAGUUAACACGACGAAAACGUGGGGUUAAACCAGGUCCUCUGGUAACACGUGAGAAGAAAAUUCAAGAAGAAUCGAAUCUAGACGUCAAAGUGGACGAAAAUGAAGUGUCGUCACCGAAAGAAGAAAGAGUAACCCGUAGCCGAAGAGCUGAAGUUCUCCCUCAUGAGGAAAAACCAGUCAUUAAUGAAGCGAGGCGAUCUAAACGGCGGUCUAAAAUAGUUGAAAAAAAUGCUCCUGUUUCGAAGAGUACUAAAUCCGCACCAAGUCAAAACAGUGAAGAAUAUUCUAGUUCAAAAAGAAGUACAAGGAACAGUAAACCCGAGAAGAUCAUUCUUGAAGAAACUACUAAAGCACAUCAAGAUAGUCUCGUGAAGAAAACUCGGCCAAAACGCGAGUCGAAACGCAACGCCUCAAGCGAUCCUGUUGUUAAGGAGUCCGAUCCCAUGCCGAGCGCAAGUAGUCAGGAAAUUCAAGAAAAUACUCACGCAGGCAGAUCAACAAGACGUACACGCAACACGAGUCCAGCUGAGGUGACAGCAACAGUGACAAACAAUUCUAGGCAAACCAAAUCAGCAAAAAACACCCGAUCAACUAGGCAAUGUAAGCAGGAGAUGGAGAGUACUUCGCGUGUGACACGAAGCACGAAGCGUUCAUGAGUUCGCAGUGAACAUUACAUUACAUUCCAUUUAUACACGUGUAACAUACAUACUAUUAUGUUGAUUUUAUUUAUCCCUGAAGUGCGAAUAGACAAAGGAAACGUGCAAAGCUCGCUUUAUAAUCUUAUGUCUGUAAAGAGGUGUUUCUUUUUUCAGGCUUCAUAUAAUCAAACAUUUUAAGUGAUCGAAUUAGUGACACCAGAGAAAGUUAAUUGGACAAAAAACUGGAGAUCAUCUUAUAUGAAAAAAAAAAAAACACUGUUCGAGGAUUUUCAAGGUUAAAAACGUGGGGCAUUUUUAAGUAAUUAAGGUAUUAAAAUCGCUUUUUUACAGGUGACAUAGAUUUUAUGCAGUUUCGUUUUCAUAUUUGUAUUAUUUUUAAUCAUUACAGCCAUCGAAAACGUGUUACACUGUAAUGCUUUUUAAAAAUGACGGAGAAACUGAAAAUAGCACCAUUCUUGGUGCAAGUUUCUUGUUAAAUUGAUCGACUGAAUAGUUGUAGGCCUCUAAGAGCUCACGAGACAAAGAAACGUUUGUGUUGCCCAUUGUAUAUAUUUUUAAGGGCUUCAAAAUAAAUGUAUAAUCAUUUCUGAC